AUGGAUGAUAACGCCGUCGCAAAGGCUCUUACUGAAGCGAGAGCUCUGGUAGCAUGCCUCGAGGACAUGCAACAGCGCGGACAGGAAUCCGUCGAAGCUUCAAAGCAUCUCGUGCUACUGGAGCAUGUCGAUAAAUGCCGCGCAGCUCUAGAGGAGCCCUACGACAUCGGAACGCGAUGGCUGGAAAACAUGAGCGAAGCAUCUGCGCUUUUCCUCCUUCUUCGAAUAGGUGCCUUUGAACGUAUACCGACGGAGAGAAGCAUCGCCGCCACAAGCCUCGCCUCGGUAUGUGACGUCGAUGUAUCUGUCAUCACGAGAGCUAUGCGCAUCCUCGUUGCUCGGGGUAUAUUCACGGAAACGAAUGAUGAUGAGUACAAACACAGCUCCGUGUCCCGCGCAUUUGCACCCGAAGAACUUGGGGGCUUUGUGUGCGUUUCCAUCGGCAUUAUGAAGUCAUGGAUUGCGAUGCCAGACUACGUCAAAGCUCACAAGCCUGACGAACUUUUUGACCCGAGGAAAAGCCCGUUCGCAUUUGCCGAGGGGCACGAAGGCAAGACGUAUUACGAGGUGCUGGAGUUGGACCCGAAAGAGAGGCAGCUUUGGAACCGUACACUUCAGAACAUGAACAAGAACUUUCCUGUCUUGGAGAUGUUUCCUUUUCGAGAAAUGGGAGACAAAGUGCGAGCGGAACCCGAGCGGCCGUUUAUUGUUGACAUCGGCGGUGGUCGAGGGCAAGCCCUCCUCCAAAUACGAACAGAAUGCGACGGUGACGGGUUUGGCGGAAGGCUGGUACUCCAGGAUCUGCCACUCGUCAUAGAGUCGCUACAGCCGGACGAUGUUCCUGGCGUGGAGACCAUGAGCCACGACAUUUUCACACAACAACCUAUCAAGAAUGCCCACAUUUACUACAUGCGGCGCCUUCUGCACGAUUUUUACGACCCCAAAGUCAUCGACAUCUUGCGGAACACUGCUUCCGCCAUGGGACCAAGCUCCCGGCUCCUUAUAUGCGACAUGCUUGUGCCCGAUAGGGUCCAAGUUGGAGGGCCGAUGACGUUAUACUGGCUAGACUUUGCGCUAAUGGCCAUUGGGGGCAAAGAAAGGUCCUUGAAUGACUUUCGAAGGGUGCUGAGCGAGGCGGGCUUGGAGCUCGUCAAAGUUUAUAACGCGCCCGGAAGCAACGUAGCCAUCUUAGAGACCUGUCUAUUGCGUUAA